UGAAUAUUUCUUUAUAGGUGUAAGUGUUCGUAAACGUGUCGUUAAAAUCUUUCGUGAUGUUUGUUUAACUCAACCAGAUUUUGUUCGUAUACCUGAUAUAUGUUCACGUUUAUUACGACGUAUACAUGAUGAAGAAUCUAUACGUAAACUUGUUUUGGAAACAUUUCAACAAUUAUGGUUUACACCAACACGUAAUUCAUAUGAUAUUCGACAACGUGUUCAAACAAUAAUUGAUGUAUUAAUUGAUGCACAAAAACAAAAUAAUACAUGGUUAGAAAAUUUAGUUAAAGAAUUUCUUCAUAUAAAUGAUAAACAAUCAAAUGAUGAUAAAAAGAAAAUUCUUGAACAUCGAAAAGAUGUUUUAAAAGCUAUACAAGACAUAAUCGAUGAAUUAGUUGAAUCAAUACUUAAAAUUGAAUCAGCCAAUGAUCAAAUUUCAUCAAAUAAAAUGGUUGCAACAUUUAUUGCACUGUAUGCAUUAGGUAAAGCUAAACCUGAACAUGUUUUACCACAUGUAUCAACUAUAGUUGAAUAUUUAAAUAUAAAAUGUACAUCCUAUAAUGAUAAUGUUAUUGUACAAUAUGUUGCUAAAAUUCUUGAAUUUACUGUUCCAUUAAUGAAAUCAGCGUCAUCAAGUAUCAUCUAUUCAUUAGAAGGUAGUUUAACAAAAUUAUUACUUGUUAGUGGUCAAUUAGUUAUACAUUCAAGUAUAGCUUGUUUAUCAGCUGCUAUACGUUUAUCAAAAAAUUAUCCACUUGUUAAAGAUGUUUUUAUGAGAUAUCAUUCAUUUGUUAUUCAAUGUCAAGAAAAAAUUAUAGAAAAACCAAAUGAAGAAUUUAAAGGAACUGCACAAUUAGCAAGAUCAAUUUAUAUAUUAGGUGUUUUAUGCAAAUAUUUUGAUGUGGAAAAAAGUGAAUAUGAUGAUCUUGAGUUUUCUAUAGACGAUCUCUUUGAAUUAUUUAUGUUUUUUAUUAAACGUCCUGAUCCUGUCCUUAAAUUAAAAUCUCUUGUUGGUCUUGGGUAUUUUCUUCAACGUUAUGGUCAAUAUUUAAUUGAAGAUACAGUUCGUCAAUUAUAUCAUACAUAUUUACUUGAUCGUCAUCCAUCAGCUGCUCAAUUACGUUGUCAAGUAUUAAUUAAUUUAGAAGAAUAUUUUCGUGAUUGUAUUCGUCGUAUGGCUGAACAAGAUACAGAUUAUCUUCAAACAAAUCCAACAAAUGAAGAAGAAAAUCAUGAUGAUACUCAUGCAAUAACUGGUGCUAAUCUUAAAGAUACAACUGAUGUACAUUCAGAAAUGGCUAGUUCAAUAGCACAAUGUUAUUUACGUAUUGUAUUAGAUACAUAUUUAAGUGAAGAUGAAAUUAUUCGUCAAUGUGUACGUAAAGUCGUUUCAUGUAUAUUAGAACAAGGUCUUGUACAUCCUGUACAAUUUAUACCAUUUCUUAUUGCAAUGACAUCUGAUCGUGAUACAAAUAUUCAACAAAGUGCUGAACAAAAUUUACAAGAUUUAGAUAAAACAAAUCCUGGUAUUAUACAAACAAAAGUUAUAACAGGAUUAAAAAUGAGUUAUCAAUUACAAAAAUUACUUUUAAUAUCGAAAACUAAUAAUCAUAAUCAACAAUUAGAUCCACAAUCAGAUAUUAUUCGAGGUAUGACAAAAGUUCCUAUAGGUCCGAUGAAUAGUCAUCAAUUACCAUAUUGUUCUGUCAAUCAUUUUCUCUAUUCAUUAAUUCGUUCAUCUCGUGUUUAUCGUCGUGGUUUAAUAACUCAAUUAUUAAAAAUGUUUGAUAAUGAUACAAGUAUAUCAUCAUCAACAUCAUUAACACUCGAUGAACAAUUAUUUGUUGCUGAUAAUCUUGCUUAUUUUCCAUAUCAAGUUCAAGAUGAACCAUUAUUUAUUAUUGAACAAAUUGAUUUAUCUAUAAGUGUUAGUGGUUCAACACAAUUACAACAAUUUCGUGAUUUAUUAAAACAACAUUUAGAUUAUACUGAUGAUGAUGAAGGUAUUGAUAUAACUAAAAUUGAAAAAAAAUUGUAUGACGUAUCUGAAACAAUAAUUAAUGAAUUAAAUCAAUGUUUAUAUACAACAAAAUCAACAAUGUUAUUAUUAUUAUUAAAAUCUUAUCUUAAAGAUGUUUAUUAUUUAAAUGAUACAAAAAUUAUUGAAUAUGAUCAUACAGAAUCAUGUAAAAUAACUGAUCGACCAAUAGUUACACGAAAAAUAAAUGUUAAAUUUGAACCGAAAGUUAUACUUGAUACAAUUAAACCAAUAAUAAAAUAUGAUAAUUUUCAAAAACGUAAACAAAUUAUAAAAGAAUUCGGUGAUUUUAAACGAUAUUUACUUGCAUUUGAUGCUGAUAUUGAAGAUACAAUACAAUCUAUAUCGGAAUUAUUACCAGCAUCAUAUUCAACACCAACAAAAGGAAAGAAAAAAGGUAGUGGAACAAGUAAACGACGAAAAGUUAUGAUUGAUUCCGAUGAUGACAGUGUUAAUGGCGAUUUUUAG